UGGUAACAGACAUAUUAUGUAACAAUUGGUUCAUGAUUUUAGUUAGAAGUACCAUUUGUUCAGUGGUAUCGUUGACGUGAUUUCCUAACUUUAUUAAAAACAGAACGGGUAAUAUUUAAAUAUUAUUUUAUUGAUAUAUAUAUAAAGAUCUUUUUAAUCUUACUUCAGUUUGAGAUAACCAUGUCUGGAAAACCAAUGAGAUAUCCAUAUACACUUUCUGCACAAAUUGCUCACUUUCCAUUUAAUCAUUAUUAUAAUCAUAAGCGUGGUUGGAUACUCAAAUAUUGGAUGUGGACUGCAGUUGGUUUGAUGCCUGUCUGGUAUUUCUUCCAGAAACUAAGUUUUCAACCUGAGAAUGUCAAAAAGUGGGAUGAAAUUCAUAGGAAACAAUUCUCUGGAGAGAUGCAUCACUGAAUUAUACCUAAAAAUAUUGUAAUGUAGCGUGAUGUAUCAGAACAAAUAUAUGUAAAACUUAUAUGGAUUAGUAA